AUGGCUGAACCAGAAAAUGCUGCUAAUCAUCCACCUCCAGAGGCAGUGGCACUGACAGUUGUUGAACAAAAACCUGAAACCAAAGAAGAAAUUCCUGAUAAUCCUCCACCUGUUGAACCAAAAAAUGAGAUUAUGCAAGUAGUAAAAUCACUUCAUUCCAAGAAAAUUGUGCUUCCAAUAGCCCUACUUACUUUUCUUCUUUCUAUUCCAAUUCUGUUUUUAGGUAUAUGGUUGCUUUACAUUCAGCAAUAUGAUUGUGAAGGGCUGUUGAAAAACUUGUCCAGAGUGCAAAUUGGGAUUGGCAUUGGCAUGUUGAUUAUUUUCUUCCUAAGCAAUGCUGUGAUUUACACCAGGGCUAAGUUUCCCGUACCUGGUCUCGUCGUGAUCAUCGCGCUGAUGAUUUUGAUGCUCGUCGUAGGGCUCGGGAUCCUUGGAAAGUUUAAGAUGGAGAGCCGAAGGAUAGUUGCUUCACCUAAGUGGCUUGAACUGAAGGUGCAUGAUAGCAAUAAAUGGAAUGAUAUCAAGUCUUGCUUAUAUGAGACGAGAACAUGUAAGGAUUUGAUAUCCAGAUCGUAUAUGCUCGAUACCAACGGUAUCUCAACGAGUAAUUUGUCCCCCGUUGAGUCGGGAUGCUGCAUACCGCCAUCAAUAUGCGAGAUGGAGUUCGUGAAUGCGACUUACUGGAUAAGAGGAAACAAGGAGAUUGACGGCACAAUCCCAUAUGAUAUAGACUGUGAUUUAUGGCAAAAUGAUGAAACCAUGCUGUGCUACGAUUGCAAUGCAUGUAAAGAUGGAUAUGUUAGGACAUUAGAGGGAAAAUGGUUGAAACUUGGGAUUUUCCUCAGUGUCAUGUCUUUGUUACUUAUGAUAGCGCAUUUGUUUUUAUUUGUCGCAACAAUGUGGGAGCAUGCAGGAGUAGUGCCACAACCAAAGGGAAUCAUUCCCUCUGCGACAGAAGAAUUUCAAUGGCAUCUUAUAAAGUGUAAACAAAUUUCUACCUUAGCUUCAUCAAAGAAUGUUCCAUCAUGA